AUGGCAGCUCAGGCCAAACCCGAUUCCAGCUAUGGGACCAUUCGCCUGACGAGGAGGAAUGCUCCCCGCGGACAUCUUUUGUCUAAUUUCAAUAAACCUGAGCCUAAAGAUGCGAUAAUCAACACCGCGACAAUUGAUAAGGAGGCUGUUCAAGCUAGUGUCGAGACAAAGCUGGAAAUUGGUGCUGACACCAAGCCUUUGAGCUCCGAUAAAGAGGAAGCAGAAGGCUCCAAAACGGACGAUGCGCGGCAUAACAUUGAGGGAAUAUUGGAUAUUGAUACAGAUGCUGAACCUCUGAGCUCAGACGAAGAGGUAGUCGAAGACCCCAUGCCAGACAUAGCUCAACCUAGUAUCGAGAACAAGGUAGACAUUGAUACAGACACCGAAUCUCUCAGCUCCGCACCUCUCAGCUCCCCACCUAUCAGCAUCAAUGAAGAGGAAGAGGAAGACCCGAAAUCAAGCGCCGCUCAACCUAGCAAGAAAAUGCCAGAUGUCGACACCGAUGCCGAUCCUCUGAGCUCUGACGAAGAGCAAGCUAGCGAUAGCGAGGCUUCCCCGCCUCGUAAAGAGAUGAACUAUACUAGUAUGACUUUGGAAGAGAAGCUUGCGCAAGGAAAAAAUAGUGAAUACAGCAGUCCACAUACUCAUAGUGGAUACUCUCGCAAAGGGGAUUUUGCGCGGACUCUCAGCGCAAUGACAGGCUCUGAUGAUGAGGACCCGCUGUUCUUCUCUGGCUCUUCGCAGAGCCACAAACGGAUUAGAGCAACCAAAUACUCGUCCAAGAAGAACACUUACUUCAACAGGCCAUCAUUCCCCCCACGCCCACGGUCGGCCGCGAAAGUGGAAGAGCCAUCGCCAGUCGAGGAAGCCCCCAAAGAACCAGAAGAGACCUUUAUAAUGCCAAAGGACAUCGAAAAUUCGAGUUUCAGAGAACCUCGUGGCGGGGAAGACUCAAAUUCCAGUUUCUCGCACGGCCCCUACACGAUCGAAGAAUACGAAGCAAUGUUGCUUGACGAUGAUUCACCUCUCUCGUCCCCAACUUCUUCAACUUGUGAGCAAAUGCAAAUGUCGCAGACCGAUGAAUCUGCAGCGAAAGAGAAUGGCCAAGCAUUAGGCCUAGCCCUGUGUCCGAUGUGCCACAAGGAAGUAGACUGGGAUGCGUUAAAACUGUUCAAAUCACAACCGAAGCAACGUAUUCGCGAACAGAUGAUGUUCUGUGAAUCACACAAACUCCGCACUGCGAUGGAUUCGUGGCGUGAGCGAGGGUACCCUCAAAUUGACUGGAAUGGGUUUGAAGAGCGUGUUCAGAGCUAUUUCCCUGAACUCGAAAAACUACUUGUCCCUGGUGCUUCCUCUUAUUACCGCAACAUUCUCAGUACCUCAAACUCUUUCGCGCCAGGGAAAGCAAGAAACUUCCGUGUGAGAGCGGGCGAAGAAGAGAGGAUGGAGACGAUGACCUGCGGUUAUUAUGGUACCAUGGGUGCAACCAAAAUACUAGAAGCAAUCAUCCGUCGGUUUUCUGUGGUUGUACGUCGCUUGGCGACAACAGAUGAACUUAUCAAGACGGCAGGCGUGGCUGGCUACACACAAUCUGUCCUUGUGCCUGAGUUGGCUGUUCUCAUGGUCAAGGAUGAUAUGAAAGUCAAUGACGAAGAUGCCCGUCGGAUUAUGAGGGAGAGUAUGGAGAUUGGUGACAGAGUCAAUCCAGACCUCAAUGUUGUCCCGAUACCAGAUGAUGUCGAAUUAUGA